UAAUCAGUGCACUCACAGCUGUAAAGUGGUGUCAGUAUUUAAAAGGGGGGGAGAACGAACACCUGUCAGUCUGACUGGCAGUUUGACUACUGAAUUAUCACUACUAACUAAUUUUUAAUAGACUUUUACAAACCACAAUCACCUACGCUUUGUAUAUUUAAUUUUAUAAAUUAGCACAACUUUUUUCUUUUCUUAUUUUUUUAUUUAUUUAUUUUUUUACAAAUUAUGGACAAAGAGCGAAACACCAUGAAUGCAUUCUGGAAAGAGCAUUCUCAGAAUGCCACAGUGGAGGAGAUGAUGCUGGACUCCAAGGCACAGCAGCUGAGCAAGCAUGAGCUACCUGAAAUCCUGGAGAUUCUGCCCAACCUGGAGGGCAUUGAUGUAUUAGAACUAGGUGCUGGCAUUGGACGAUACACAAGGCAUCUCAUUGACAAAGCACAUCAUGUGACAGCUGUGGACUUCAUGGAGAACUUUUUGAAAAAAAACAAGGAACAGAACAGCCACCUUGGAAAUGCAGAGUUUAUCCAAGCAGAUGUCACACAGCUGGAGCUUCCCGAAAAGAGAUUUGACCUGAUCUUUUCUAACUGGUUGCUCAUGUAUCUGAGUGAUGAGGAGCUGUGCUCACUGGCAGAGAAGAUGCUGUCUUGGCUUCGUCCCAGCGGUUACCUCUUCUUCAGGGAAUCCUGUUUCCACCAAUCAGGAGACCGUAAGAGAGAUUUUAACCCCACUCAUUACCGUAGUUCUGCACUUUAUAACCAUCUGAUGGCAUCAGUUACAUGGUCUGAGUCAGGGGAGAAUGGUGAACAGUCCUAUGGAUUUGAUAUGGUCCUGAGCAGAACUGUACAGACCUACAUUAAGAUGAAGAAUAUCCAGAAUCAGGUGUGUUGGCUGAUGCAGAAAGUUUGUCGGGAUCCUGUCCAGCAGCACCAAGGAGGCUUCAGCACCUUCCAGCAGUUCCUGGAUAACCAGCAGUAUACACGCAGGGGAAUUCUGCGAUAUGAGAAGAUGUUUGGCUUUGGUUAUGUCAGUACCGGAGGACUCAGCACCACCAAGGAGUUUGUUGACCUGCUGAAUCUUAAGCCAGGAGAAAUAGUCCUUGAUGUAGGCUGUGGAAUUGGUGGAGGGGAUUUCUAUAUGGCCAAGACUUUUGGGGUGGAUGUAUUGGGAAUGGACUUGUCAUCAAACAUGGUGGAUAUUGCUAUGGAGAGGGCUGUGAGUGAGAAGCUGCCAUCUGUGCAGUUUGAGGUGUCAGAUGCCACUAAGAGAACAUUUCCGGAUAGCACUUUUGAUGUGGUGUACAGCAGAGACAGUAUACUGCACAUCAGCGAUAAACUCAAACUCUUCCGAAAUUUUCAUUCGUGGUUGAAGCCUGGUGGAAAGGUGCUAAUCAGUGAUUACUGUUGUGGAGAGAAGCCAUGGACUCCUGCCUUUCAGGAGUAUGUUAACCAGAGAGGCUACAUCCUUUAUACGCCGCAGAAAUACGGCAAGUUCUUGGAAGAAGCAGGGUUCACUAAUGUAAGAGCAGAAGACAGAACUGCACAGUUUAUUUCUGUGAUUAAGGCUGAGCUUAAGAGAGCAGAGGAAAUUCAAGGGGAAUUUAUUCAGGAGUUUUCACAGGAGGACUUUGAUGAAAUUGUAAAUGGUUGGACAGAAAAGUUGCAGCGCUGUGAAAAUGGAGAUCAACGCUGGGGGCUGUUCUAUGCCACCAGAGACUGACUGAAGUAGAGGCAGUGUUCCUGCGGGUUCUAUAGGUGCAGAGAGAGAAGAGAAACAACCAAAACUGAUGAAGAUUUAAAUUUUAAACUCUAUUAGGAUUCUGAUAAUUAAAUAUAUAAUAUUUAUAAUAAUUAAAUAUAAUAAUUAUAUAAGUAUAAUCCGAUUUGGCAUGGUGUGAAUAUUUCUAGAAUUUUUAAGCAUUGUAAAUUUAUAUAAAUAAAAAGAAAUAUUUUUCCUUUGUUCUUGA